AUGCACUACAUCCCAGCUCCCCGCAUCUGCCGAGCUAGGCUGAGGAUCCAACCAGGGAAGAUGGUGCCAGCCCUGCUCUCCAGACAGCCAGAGCUGCUGCGGCGCAGCAUCGUCUGCUGUCUUUUUACUGACUCACUCUUCCUAACCAGCUUUGGACAAGAAGUUCAUCAUGGUAAUGGAACAACAGAGAAGGUGUAUGAGCUGAUUCCUGGGACAAAGACGCAGCAGGAUGCUCUGAAAGACUGCAAGAGCAAAGGCAGAGAUCUGGCAAGUAUCCUUAACCAGAAAGAACAGGAUGCCUUUGAUGAGGUGACUACAGAGGCCGCCUGGAUUGGACUUGAGCACAACAACGGUGAACGUCUACUUAACACCACUGGGGAUUUGACCACUCCUGUUACCCCUGAAACCACCAGCCCUACUUCAACUGGACCUCCCUCUAUCAAGACGUCCACCACAACACCUACCACCUCACCAACUACCACUACUAAGGGACAGUCCACCACCUCACCAACUACCACUACUAAGGGACAAUCCACCACCUCACCAACUACCACUACUAAGGGACAGUCCACCACCUCACCAACUACCACUACUAAGGGACAAUCCACCACCUCACCAACUACCACUACUAAGGGACAGUCCACCACCUCACCAACUACCACUACUAAGGGACAGUCCACCACCUCACCAACUACCACUACUAAAGGACAGUCCACCACCUCACCAACUACCACUACUAAGGGACAGUCCACCACCUCACCACGUACCACUACUAAGGGACAGUCCACCACCUCACCAACUACCACUACUAAGGGACAGUCCACCACCUCACCAACUACCACUAUUAAGGGACAGUCCACCACCUCACCAACUACCACUACUAAGGGACAGUCCACCACCUCACCAACUACCACUACUAAGGGACAAUCCACCACCUCACCAACUACCACUACUAAGGGACAGUCCACCACCUCACCAACUACCACUACUAAGGGACAGUCCACCACCUCACCAACUACCACUACUAAUGGACAGUCCACCACCUCACCAACUACCACUACUAAGGGACAGUCCACCACCUCACCAACUACCACUACUAAGGGACAGUCCACCACCUCACCAACUACCACUACUAAGGGACAGUCCACCACCUCACCAACUACCACUACUAAGGGACAGUCCACCACCUCACCAACUACCACUACUAAGGGACAGUCCACCACCUCACCAACUACCACUACUAAGGGACAGUCCACCACCUCACCAACUACCACUACUAAGGGACAGUCCACCACCUCACCAACUACCACUACUAAGGGACAGUCCACCACCUCACCAACUACCACUACUUAUGGACAGUCCACCACCUCACCAACUACCACCACUAAUGGACAGUCCACCACCUCACCACCAACAUCGACUUGCAGUGGGCAACUGACCCCAUCAGGUCCCACCUCCCCAGACAGGAAGCCCACAUCCUCCCCCUGUAGUACAACUUCUCCACUCCAUCCUGAUUAUCUGCACUACAUCAACGAGUCCAAGAGCUGGAUUAAUUCCCUGAAGUUCUGUAAAAGUCGUGGCUCCAAGUCCAACCUGGUGCACAUCACCAACCAGACCGUGCAGGCUGACGUGACCCAGCUCCUGGCCAACGUGGAGCUGCAAUGUGAGGAAGUGUGGAUUGGUCUGGAGAGGUCCAUCUUUGAGAUGAGUGCCCCCUGGCUGUGGACUAGUGGGGAGGUUGAUAAGGUGGUGAAGUACAGUGAGUGGCAUAGUUGCUUCCCCCUCAACCCCAUCAAUUACCACUGUGGUAAGAUGGUCCGGGUUGGCAACAGAGAACUGAAGUGGCUGGAUGCUUCCUGUCAUCAGGAAUUACCCUUCAUCUGUCAAGAUCUCCACUAGAGGGCUCUCCAUGGCAGCCUGGACAGUCUGCAGACAGACACCACACUCAGGGUCUGGAAAGGGCCUGCAUUUCAAUUCAUUAUAUUAUUAAACCACUAUUAUUCUAAUUAUUAUUACUACUUUUACUUAUCAUUUUUACUAUUACUUAAUGAUACUGUAUGUUUACUCAUAACCAUGGCGUGACUGUUAUUAGCUGUACUAAUUUGUUUGUUUAAAAAUAGAGUAGAUAAAAGUAAAGAAAAUAUUAUUAAAAUGAAAAUGUAGUAUUUCACUUUUGUGUGAUCACUAGCCUAUUGUAGGAGAGACAGCUGCAUAGUUAUAAUGACAAUAUUGGUAUUUUGUUAUGAUGUAUGCAUUUCAUGCGAUAACUGUGAAAUUGACACGUCUGCACUGAUGGGCCAUAUUGAUGCAACAAGGUGCCAUAAACUCAAAUCAAUUGAACCUUUGAGCUUGGCAAAAACAUGCAUUUUGGAGACAUAAUCCCAUUUAUU